UCCGGAUGAAUCAGAGUGCUGACCGAAAAGGGUGUUCGCCGGAGAGAACUGAGAAAUGAGCGGAAAGCUGAAAAUAUGGCGCCGCAUGUCAAUUGCUGUCAAAUUCUGGACUCCUUGUUCCUGCGGACAGAGCAAGCGCCACUUGCACCAAGGCCCAGACACCAUUGAGGAGCUUCUCGAUAGGCAUCUAGUCAAGAAGGAUAAGUCCCUUGACGACGAAGAAGAAGAAUUGAUUAAUCGGAGGCGACUCACCAGCACUCGCCGUGAAGCACUUAGCCUUUACCGCGAUAUUCUUCGGGCCACCCGCUUCUUUGUGUGGCCUGACCCCAAUGGCGUCCUCUGGCGUGAUAUUCUCCGUCACAAUGCCCGAAAGGAGUUCGAAGAGGCCCGCUUCGAGACCGACCCUGAAAUCGUCACCCGAUUACUCAUCGGUGGCCGCGAGGCAGUUCACUCUGCUCUUGAAAAGCUCGCCAAUCAGAUUCAGAAGGAUCGUGGUGGUGGAGAUCCACGCUGACCUAUCCUCUUCUUCCCAUUCUUAGUAUGUGACUUCGACUGAAUAAAGUGAUUAACAGGAAUGAAAGAGGUAUAGUUAGCAAGAAGACAAUGAUGAAGCGGCAAAACUCGAAUGCUGAAAUUGAACGUCAUGAAAUUCAAGGUCGUCCAAUAUUCCGAAGCUGGCUCAAAAUUUCAUCGAAGUCUGCGGGAGGCUGGCAUGAAAAGUGUAACUGCUCUCCCGUAUGAGGAUGCCGAAACCUGCAACACAAUGUUCUAUUUUUAUUUUUCAUGCAAAUUUGAGUGUGAAACUGAAAACAAUUAGUAUGUAAGAUGGUACUAUCCUCUCACCCGAGGGUCAAAGCAUGAAGGCAAGGCCUAUCUAGCCUAGAAACCAUUUGUACAAUUUUGCCACGCAAGCUUGUCGGUAUUCUGGGCAGUAGGAGUGAUAAGGCCAUGCUCUUCGUCCCUCCAUACACCUCAUCACCCAGCAGAGGAACUCCUAGAUACUUGGAGUGUGCACGUAUCUGAAAUAACCAUGAGAGCAUGCUUUACAAGGUUUCC